AGUCUUAAAUGGGCAUUGUUGUCUGAGUGUCGAGACUCGAGAGUUUUCAAAUCGUAAAACCUAAAUAAAUACAUCACUGCCUUCAGAAAACGACUGCGCCUAGCUUCUAGCCACCCUUUAAUCUUCGUCAACGUUACUUUUCCACCUCGUACGUGAUUAAUCUUUGUGGGUGAUUGAAUUUGGCUGGUUACUGCAGAGGGAUUCAAUUGAGAGGGAAAGGGACUGAUGGCAGACAACACACAGUCUUACUGGGAAGGCUACAAAGCGUUUUGGUCAGAGAGGUUUUCCUUUUUGAGCAACUAUUCGAGGUUCAUCAACCGUGAUAAACCCAUCCCUUCCUGGUCAAGCUCUGAUGUCGAGGAGUUCAUUGCUUCUGAUCCUGUUCAUGGACCCGUCCUGAAAAGUGCUAGAGAAGCAGUGCAAUUUGGCCUCACAGGAAGUGCUUUGGGAGCAUUAUUUACUGCAGGCUAUGCCUGGAAAUAUUCAAAGAGUUUACAUGGCGCUGGACUGUCAUUUUUAGCUGGAGGUAUAUUUGGGUGGACUUUUGGGCAUGAAAUCGCAAAUCACACACUUCAACUUUACAGGGUAGACACAUUGGCUGCUGAGACCAAGUUUCUGGACUGGUGGAAUAAGAAGACUGGAGGGUAUUAAAACUGUUGGCUUAUGGGAAUUAAUGCUACAUUUGUUAUCGUUUCUGAAAAAUGAAGAAUAAUUUUUGGUGUUGGCAGUGCGAUUUAUGCUCACUGAAUAAGUAUGUUGUGAAUUAGGUUAUGUUUUAAAACUAAUGCAUCAUCGCAAAACAAAUGGUGACUUGUGCCAUUUUUUCUCUGUAUUGUUGUGCUGUUGUUUAUUAGUCUGGGACCAAUGGUUGAGAGAGGUCAUAAGUGCUGGCAUUUUCAUAUUGUUCCACCGCUAAUACAAUCGAGACAACAUACUUUUUCUGCU